AUGCCAGACAAGGUUAUUCUCUUUCGAGGCUUCCCAGCGGAGACAGCAUAUUGUAUAUCUCCAUUUCCUACAAAGCUGGAAUUCCGCCUGCGGCAUGGUCGUCUUCCAUAUCAAGUUGAGGAGGGUUCCUCCACAGCUGCACCAAAGGGUAAAGUUCCCUACGUUGAUCUAAGCGCACUUCAGAACUCGGAGUCUGUUAUUACAGCCCAUUUCGGCGACUCUACGCUGAUUCUUCGUCGUCUGGUGGAUAUGGGACAACUUGAAGAUCUGAAUGCGAACUUGUCGCCAGAACAGAAGAUGGCUGAUCUUGGGAUACGAGCACUCCUCGAAGAUAAGCUGUACUUCUAUAAUAUGCGUGAACGGUGGAUUGACAACUACUAUGUCCAUCGCGAGAUAGCCCUGUGGAAUAAACCACUACCGAUCCGUGUCCUUGUAGGCAUGCUCAUUUAUCGAAGCAUCACUGCUACCUUGCAUGGCCAGGGAACAGGUCGCUUCACUUCAGACGAAAUCGGCCUAUUCAGGGCCGACAUAUGGCAACAAAUCGACCUGCUGUUGAAGUCACGACGGCAAAGACUCACCUCCGAUCAACCAUUUUGGGUCCUGGGGAAUGAAGAACCCACUGAGGCCGACGCAACCUUGUACGGUUUCAUUGUAUCGGCACUGGUUGCUCCUAGUGGACCAACAUCCACGGCAAUCGUAAAGGCCCUUCCAAAUGUGAUGGAAUAUGCCGAAAGAAUUCAUACCUCACUCUUCCCCGACUAUGAUAAAUGGAGCUGA